GCUCAAGCUUGAAGGAUUCUGAUCUGUUGUUUUUGUUGUUCAAUCUUCUUCUCUUCCUCUUCCAAUUAAACUUAAGCAGCUCCUUCUGAGAAUUCGAAAGCAGGGCACGAGGAUGACGAAGCAGAGUCUGGUGAGGAACGAGGAGCUACCAGUCGCAGUGGUCUCUCCGGCAGCCAUCGCCGAAGCGUUUCCUCACUUAUCCUACCCUCCUCCACGUUCCCCCGGCUAUCUCCGGUGCAAGAGGCCGGAGAGACGCCUAGACCUUGCCACAGCCGGAAGAGGCAAUUCAUGGAUCGAAUCCAUCAAGAUACAGUCUCCAACCCACGUCAAGUCGUCGUCGACGAGCAGCGCAUCAGCUAUGUCGGCCGCCCGAGACGCCGAAUACGACAGCUGGGUGAGGAUGCAUCCCUCGGCGUUGAGCAACUUCGAGGAGGUGAUGACGACGGCCAAGGGGAAGCAGGUCGUGAUGUUCUUGGACUACGACGGCACUCUGUCGCCCAUCGUUGAGGAUCCCGACCGCGCCUUCAUGUCCGACGAGAUGAGGGAGGCAGUGAAAGAAGUGGCAAGUCAUUUUCCCACAGCCAUCGUGAGUGGGAGGUGCACAGAAAAGGUCUCCAGCUUCGUGAAGCUACCAGAACUGUACUACGCUGGAAGCCACGGCAUGGACAUAAAAGGACCGGAGGAGGGGACUCAGCAUUCCAAAGUCAAUGUGUGUGUGCCUCUCUCUUUCUUGGUUGACGAACUAUAUCAAAUUUGCAAUUUGCUUACUUAUUUAGCGAUGCAGACACACUGUGUUCUAUGUCAACCCGCCAAGGAGUUUCUUCCGAUGAUAGAUGAGGUCUGUAAGUCUUUGGAAGACAUAGUAAAGAGCAUCCCUGGCUCCAGAGUCGAGAACAAUAAAUUUUGUCUCUCUGUUCACUUUCGAUGCGUGGAGGAAAAGAAAUGGAAUUUACUUGCUGAUUUGGUGAAAUUAGUGAUCAUGGAUUACCCCAAACUGAAGCUCACCUAUGGAAGAAAGGUUUUGGAGAUUCGGCCGAGUAUUAAGUGGGACAAAGGGAAGGCUCUUGAGUUCUUGUUGGAAUCUCUUGGAUUUGAUGGCUACAAUAAUGUGUUUCCAUUGUACAUAGGAGAUGAUUGCACUGAUGAAGAUGCUUUCGAGGUUUUGCGCGAUAGAGAGCAGGGCUUUGGCAUUAUUGUCUCCAAGAUCGCAAAAGAAACAAAAGCCUCCUUUUCACUCAGAGAGCCAGCUGAGGUUCUCAAGUUCUUGCAUUGCCUAGUGGAGUGGAAACAAUUGUCCGAGGAAGGAUCUCCGAAAAGUGCAGUUUAAUACAGAGAGUAGCAGAUCUCAUGGAUGUUUUUUUUCUUGUCUGUUCCAUGAUUAAAAUAUUUUCACUUUUCUUUUUGUUAAAUCCCCUCUAAUAAUAAUGAUCUGUCCGACACUGCUGCGGCAGGAGGUUUGAAACCCUUAUUUAUUGGGUUUCUCGACA